AUGUCUCUCAACUCCUUCAAUAUCAACAGCCUCUACAUACUCCUCUAUAUCGGACAUGAUCCACCCCAACCGAACAAUUUCCACUGGGCAUUCUAUUUCCACCGCGACCACCAGCAGGGAGGCACGAAAUAUCACGUCAAGGAUAUUGGCCAAGGAUGGAUCGCAGAUCACAGCGACAUCCGUUUCAUCAUGAAAGAAUUUCUUCUCGUGGGGUUGUUCAAAAUCGCCGACGUCCCUCAUGGACAAGAAGACUUUCUUGACCAGACCAUGAGAACUUUUGAUGAUAAAUUGAAUACCCCGGAGACUACAUGCAGGGUUUGGAUAUUAUGGGUCUUCGACAUUCUGCAGCAGCCUCGCGAUGGACAGAGAAUCUUGAAAUCGAAUGAUUUGGCUAAGCUGGAGAUUGAGAUUAAAGAAUGGGGAAACCAGUGUGCUAUGAGUGCUGCGAGGAAUGAACAACCUAGGCCUGUUUGUGCUCCUUUACUCUGUGGACUUUAG